CAUGGCGGGCAUCGACGACUAUCAAAUGUAUUUGGCUCAUCAGUUAUCGCAGGAACAACGCGAAGAAUGGGAAAAGAAACUCGAGCAGGACAGACAGCAGGACCGAAGGCCUCGCAACCUUCGUCUGCAGACGCAAACCUCGGCCUCUGCCAGGCAGCAGCUUCUGCAAGAGGUCGCACUUGCAGAGGCCGAACUUCAGGAUGAUUUGGAAGUGAAAAGAUACGUCGGCAUUGGAGUCGGAUGGGCUAGCUUGAUUACGGAGCACUUACUGAGCCACCCAUUUGUUGUUUUGAGACGUCAGUGCCAGGUCCAUAGCAGCUCCAUCCGCUACCACCUUGUUCCUCUCACCCUGAUUCCCGUCAUAAUAAGACUGCACCAACGCCAAGGAAUCACAACCCUUUGGAAAGGAAUUGGAAGUGUUCUUUUGAUACGAGGAGUAAAUUUGGCGAUCGAAGAUGUCAUUUCGAAGUUUACCCCUUGGCCAAAGGAGAUUACAGCCAACAGCUCGUUGCGAUCCUUGGGCCAACACAUUUUGCUUAAAUGCAUAAGUUUUGCAAUCGUCACACCCUUUUACUCCGCAAGUCUGGUGGAAACGGUCCAAAGUGAAAUUGCUAGUGAGCGGCCAGGAAUAUUUGACGUUUUUAAAGAAGGGGCCUGUAGACUAUUGAGCUGGGGAAGCCCUCAAAAUGGCCGAAUGCUUCCAGUUUGGGCCCUUGUUGUGCCUACGGUCACAUACUGCGUGCUGAAGUAUUUGUUCGGCAUGGUUGUUCAAGGAGCAACAAGCAGGAUUCUUCAGGUUACUCAGAAAAAGGAGCAGCGCAGAAGGGGUGCGUUUCCUAAAGAUCUCAUCAACCAGCCUCCCAACCAGGAUAUUGAGUUGGCCUCCUGUUUGGUUCGGGACAUUGCCUCCGAUCUACUAUUUUAUCCCUUUGAAACUAUUCUUCACAGAUUGCACCUUCAGGGCACACGAACAAUUAUCGACAACCUCGAUUCGGGUUACGAGGUGACCCCCAUCCUAUCCAGCUACCUUGGAGCCAAAGAUUGCCUAGAGACUGUUCAGCAAGAGGAAGGGGUCGCCGGUCUGUACAAAGGGUUCGGAGCCAUGCUGCUCCAGUACGCAGCACACUUUGCUGUUGUCAAGAUCACGAAACUUGUGUUAACCGAGCUCACUGUUCUUCUGCGAUCCUCCAAAGCAAAACAAGACAGCGUUCCGCCGCCCUCACAGGGCCCUCCCUCUGUCCAAAUAAACAGGGGCUAUCCCGGAACUCCGACCGGCUAUCCUGGCACUCCCCAGUAUGCCGAGCCACCUAGAACGCCGUACGGAUACUCCAAUGACGAAGUAAAGUACUUCUACCCUGAAUAGACUUUUUCAGACACAUCAUCUUUGAUUAUUUGGCCAUCGCAACUAGUCCGUUGGGUUUUAAGUUUUUGAGAGCUGUGCUCGGUACCUUUUGGCAACUUUGGGAGAUUUAAACUGUUUGGCUAUAGAAGACAAUUUUAUUGUAGACAAGCAGUUUUAAAAUGUAAAUAUUACUUUAGGAUAUCCAUUUUAAGUUGUUGAAAUAAAGUUCCAUAAUUCAUU